CAGAGAAGUAACAAUUGGUUAGCUCGAUCAUGGAGAUCGAGACAUCCUUGUGGUAUUUGUUAACGUUAGCUCUUAUUCCACUCCUGUACGCCACCAUUCGUUUCUUGAGAGCUCGCCGGCGUGGCUCUGCCAGUGCCAGCCAUGGUCGUCCGCGGCUACCUCCAGGCCCAUGGCAUCUUCCCGUCAUCGGCAGCCUCCACCACCUCAUCGGCGCCCUCCCGCACCGCGCCCUGAGGGAUCUCUCCCGGCGCCAUGGGCCUCUCAUGCUCCUCCGGCUGGGCGAGGUCCCGCUCAUGGUGGCCUCCAGCGCGGAAGCCGCCAGGGAGGUGAUGAAGACGCAUGACCAGGUGCUGUGCACGCGGCCGCUCACCUCCUGCGCCGCGGUCCUCAACCAGCGCGGCCACGGGAUCACGUUUGCGCCGCACGGCGACCGGUGGCGGCAGCUCCGUAAGGCCUGCGUCCACGCGCUGCUCAACGCCAAGUGCGUCCGCUCCUUCCGACGCAUCCGCGAGGAGGCGGCGGCCCGGUUCAUCCGUUCCAUCGCAUCGUCGUCGUUCGAGUCGCAGGAGGCCAUGAAUCUGAGCAGGAUGAUCGCCGAGUACGGGGCGGACACGACGGUGCACUCCGUCAUGGGCGCCCGGUUCAAGGAGCAGGACGCACUGCUCCACUACGUGGACGAGGCGGUACGGGUCGUCGGAUGCCUCACCGUGUCCGACCUGUUCCCCUCCUGGCGGCUGCUGCGCGUCCUGAGCGGCACGCUGCGCCGGGCGGCGGCCUUCCGGGACUCCUCGCUGGCGUUCAUGGAGCGCUUCAUAGGCGAGCAUCUCGAGAGGAGAACGUCGUUGCGCCUGCCGGUGCCGGAGGAAGACGACGACGUGAUCCAGGUGCUCCUCAGUAUCCAACGACAAGGCAACCUCCAGUUCCCCAUCUCCAUGGACAAUGUCAAAUUAAGCAGUGUUAUUGGUAUCUGUACCAAAGGCUACUACUAUGUCAAGUAUUUGCACUGUUUGUUGUACCACAACACAGAGCCUAGUACUGGUCCUGCACUCCUGCUCUUCUUUUCAUGUACGUCUCUGUACCUGCUAGCUUGGAGUGGCAGCAACAAGGACACGCCCGGCCCCCCUUGUAUCUCGCCUGCCAUGUAUCUCGCCGAUGCCCUGUCCUUUCUCUUCCGUGUAUUGCUAUAUGGCCAGAUGUAUACGAGCGGAUGUAGGGGUCAACCGCCCGUGCUAGUGGGCCCACCAGCGAUGAUCUCCAGCAAAACGAUCGGUCUAGAUAUGGGACGGGCGCCAUAAGGUCCGCUCAUUGUAAUUAUCGCCCUGGGAUGCUGUUCGGGCUCGCCAACGUUGAGCUGGGUCUCGCGAGCCUUCUGUUUUACUUCGACUGGGCUCUUCCGGAUGGCUUACUUCCGGGCGCCCUCGACAUGACAGAGGCCAUGGGAAUCGAUCACUGCUAGGAGGAGGGAGGAUCUGUGGCUUCAUGCUACUCUCCGCGUCCUGCUGCCGUGUUGACGCCUAGCUAGCUGUGUGUAUGCUAUCCAAAUGUUUCUCUUAUUAUAGCUGGAAAUAAGCGCUAGAGGCAAUGUGCUAUUAUUGUAUUUCCAUUAUUAUGAUUAAAUGUGUAUAUUCUAUGUAAUACACUACGUCAGGUCCUAAGAUUGCCGGUAUCUUAAAGUGCCGCCAAUUCGACCAAAAGUGCCGACAAUAAUUUUUGGAGGCAAGAAAAAAAAGUGUUGCA